AGAUACUUGGCUCUCAGCGCGUUGCCCCCCUUGUGAAGAACAUUCGAAGCUGUGCUACGAGCGAUGCUGCGCUUGGCAGUCUUGCUCCUGUGCGGGCUUAAAGGGUUUGGCUCCGAGCUGUGCCUUGAGGAUGGUGUGCCGGAAAGUCAGCGAAAGUAUAUCCAGGAUGGUGCAGGCAUCGACAUUCCAAUCGGAAUCUUUGAGAGCAAUUGGGCUUCUUCUUGGCUGCUCAACAAGUUGACCGAAAUGUUGGUUCAAGAAGUGAUGGGCUACCAUGCGAAGGUUGAUCCUCGCAUGGGCGCCAAUGGAGCGUCUUGCUUUUACGCGUUGCCCGGGUGCAUGGAUUUUGACAACAAAAUCGUUGCCGAGAAGCAGUGUGGAAUUAACGAGACCACGCUCCAUAUCAGCGUGGACUCUUGGGUUGGCAGCUACGCUUCAGCAAUGGAUCAAUUCAACAAGGAAUUCCCCAGAAUUGCAUCGGUAGACUUGGGCUCCAUGGGUUAUGCAGGUGAGGAAUCCAUGUACGUGAGCCAGGCCAUUCUGAAUGAUGCUUACGGGGAUUCGGGUCUCGCCCUUGACUUCUACAAGAGCUACAACACUACGCAUCACAAUCCGAGGAAAUAUUUUGAUUCGAUUCAUGACGUGGACCUCUCGGAAUUGGAAAUGUGCAACGAGACGGACAUGAGCAACCCGAGUCGAAUUGGAGACUAUGCCAAGUACUCUGGGGACUAUGAUGGGGUAGUGAGCCAAGCAGACGGUACGUUUGUCGCCAAGUGCACAGACAACCGCUGGUGGUAUGCUCCUGCUUGCAGACAAAAUUCCUCCCAGUGCAUCCCUCUAUUCACGUCAGGCAAUGGUUGGAAAUUGCAAGCAUUGAUGCAGUGGUCCACUGCCUACGGAAUGCCAACAGCUAUUGCACUCUCCAAGGGGUAUUCCACAUGGAUGAAACAUGUGAAGAAUCAUCGUGCCUUGCACUACUGGUGGGUUCCAGAUUCAACCUUCAUCGACAUGCUGCCAGAGCCUUUGACGUUUGCGCGUCACAGUGCGACUGAGUGGUUAGAGGGAGACAAGAAGAGCGGAGCAAAAGGAAGCUACGUGUCCAAGUUGGUGAGUCACAACUUGCAAGCCAAGGCUGGCAGGGUACGUGAGUUUGUCUCCAACAUGAACUUUGAGCUUCCAGAAGUACAACGUCUUCUUUUGGAACUUGAUCAGUUGGGCUCCACCUACAACGUUUCAUGCAAGUGGAUGAAGGAGAAUCGAGACAGGUGGACAAAGUGGAAGCCAGUCGAGACCAGCUGCUAUGAAGGCUUUGGGUUGAUUGAUGCUUCGGGGUCUUUUGUCACCACCAGAGCAGAAGCUGUGGGAUGUGGGCUGUGCCAAGCAGGAUCUGCAUCUGAGGAGCUCAUUGAUGAUCAGGGAAGAACUUUCCAAUGCAAGCCCUGUGCUCCAGGAUACAGCCAGGCCAACACUUACUCCACCCAAUGUGAGCCAUGUCCAAAGGGCACAUCAGCAAGCUCAUUUGGCAGCACACAAUGCACACCCUGUAGUGAAGGCUUUUACCAACCAGAGACGGCACAGACCUCAUGCAUCUCAUGUGGUGCUUCCCGAACAACACUCUUAUUGGGUGCAUCAUCGUUGACCGACUGUGUGUGUGAUGCAGGAAACAUUGAAGAUCAAUCCACUUGUGUGGCUUGCCAUGAGGACAGCAUGCAUUGCCCGAAAGGUAGCACAGUCCCAAAGCUUGAGGCAGCUGACGGAACUACGGACUUGAAGAAUCCCUUUGUAAAGAAAGGCUACUUCAGCAAUCCACUGGUCCCUUUGGACACCUACAAGUGUUCGGGGGAGCUCUUUUGCCCCGGUGGUUCUCCGGGCACCUGCUUCGGAGACCGCGAAGGGCUCACAUGUGGAGAUUGCAAAGAGGGGUACUAUUGGACUUCCGAGAAAUGCGCGCCUUGCGGUGCUGUGCCUGCUGCCUGGGCGCUCUCGGUGGCAGUUUUGGUGAUCGGAGUUUGUGGUUCAUACUAUAUGCUGACCAGUAGCUAUACGGCGAAAGCCAGUGUGAUGAUGUGCACCACCGCGGCCUUGGGAAUGUUGGUGGCUUUAUUCCAGAAUCUGGGUGUCUUGAACACAGUUUCUGUUGAAUGGCCAGCCGGGUUGCGAGACCUCCUGGAUUUCGCUUCAGUCUUCACCUUUAACCUUGACGCUCUGGGCUUUAGCUGUGCUGCAGGAAGCAACGUGGCACGCUAUGUCAGCACCGCGUCAUUUUUCUGGAUAGUAGCUGUUGCGUUGCCCACCGUUGGGUUGCUCACGAACCUCAUUCCGAUAUUGAAACGUCGCGGCCUCGCCUGGGAGAAGUUCAAGACCAUCAGUACCCUUGGCCAGUUCUUACAGGUGGGCUUCACGACCAUGUGCAACGUCGGCCUGAUGCCUUUCAUGUGCUACCGACACCCGACCAAUCAAGAGAGCAUCUUGAAGUACCCCAAUGUCUUCUGUCGCACAGAGGAGCACACAAUCAUGCGCGUGUUUGGGGUGCUGGUGAUGUUCUUGGCCUUCAGCUUCUUCAUAGCUGCCUGCUACGCCGCCUAUCAAGCGCCACGCUGGUCUGGUAAACCCAGGCUAGCAGCGAUUCGCUUCUUGAUCUUCCGCUUCAGGCCCAACGUGUGGUAUUUUGGCUUGGUUUUGCUGGCGCGAGGACCUUUGCUGUCGAUGCCAGGGGUGAUUGCAACCAACAUGCCCAGCUUGCAACUCACCUUGAUGCACAUGAUUUUGCUUGGAUCUCUGUGCCUUCAGCUUUGGUUCCUUCCUUGGAAAUCUCCGAUCCUCAACUUGGUGGAUGGGCUCAGCGUCUCCCUUCUCGUCAUGCUGUUGGCAGGGUCGCUUGGAUAUGCCGACAACAGCGGGGAAGAGGCUGCACGUGUUCUGGCCCUGUUCGGAACCGUGAUCUCGUCCAUGAUGGUGGUGAUCUUGGGAGGAAUGGUGAUGCUUGGCCUUUGUGCCCUCUUCUAUCGCUCAGCCUUGGGAAGCUCCAAAGAACUGCGCAUCAUGAACCUUGGGAAGGUCCCAGAGGCACCAUCCUUUUCCCCUAUUCUCCCUGGAACUGAUGGCACCACCGUCAUUCUUAACAUGGCCAUGCCAUGCACUUCCAUGUUUCAGUGAUUCAGUGUAUUUACUCUGUUUUUUUCCGAGGGAGUGAAUCACUUUAGUUCCCCAAGCAAGUCCCAAGCUGCCUUCAAUGAUUCAGUGUCCUGGCCGGUCUGAAAGCAUUCCAAGUGUCCGGACCUGGUAGGAGAAAGAUGUCUUUCAGAGCCUUUUGGACGUGGCCACCUUCCUCAAGGAAGAUGGACAGGGCAAAGAAAAAACCUUUAUCUCUGACCUCGGCAAGCUCUCAGUCUACGACCUUGGCACCGUGAUGCGAGCCAUCAACAUCCUGGCUGAUGACUUGAACAUGGCCGUUGGGGAUGGCACGCGCAAGAGUUCCUCUAGCCGGCGUAUUGCCACUGGACAACGCACCACCAGGAGCCAAAACAGCUUCAGCUCCGAGAACGAGAAGGUCACAGAGGCGGCCAACGAGCCUACAGAGAGUCCUGACGCGGCAGCACCGGCGGAGAAAGAGAAAACUCAAUCCGCUUUUGUAUAGGCCGCUGAUCCUGGACAAGGUUCGGGACAGCAUGUAGUGGCUCCCAACGCUUGUGCCUCUUGUGCUUGGAGGAGGGUUCAACACAUAUAUGCAUUUCAGUGACUUGUUGGCAAAAGGCAUGCAAAGCCCAUCAUCAUCAUCGUCAUCAUCAUCAUCAUGAAAGCCCAU